AUGGCACCUACCCCUGCAAAACGCACACAUGAUUUGAUUAAUGAGGCCCUUGGACUCAUCGGCCCAAGAACCACCAAGAAAACACGGCUUGAGCGAAUAACCAACAAUGAUGCACUGACAGCCUUACAAGUGACGGAAGCCUUGGGGAAGGCUAUACCACGACUCAUUGAUGCUUAUAGGCACCCACGCCAGCUCAUAGUCAUAGGCUCUAGCCUAGCACUCGCCGAGAAUACCCCAGAGAUCAUUACAGGUGGUGCCGCACUACCCCUUGAGGUUGUAAGGGAAAAUGAGCGGUUGAAAUUAGCAUACAAGAGCCUGGUAUUGCGACAGCCCCAGCUUCCCCAGCUCAUCGAGGAGUACCGCAAGAACAACUUUAACAAGUGGCAUGACAUAAUAGCCAUGAUUGCCAAUACAUGUAGCCAGACCCGCUCCAAUGACUCAUCGACUCUCCGGGACAAGCUCGAGUAUUUCCUCGUCGAUCCAAAAGAAGUCGUUCCACGUGAACUGAGCUCAAAAGUGGCGCGUGGAUGGAACAACCAAUGGACAGCAGAACGACUCUGCGCACAGCGAUACCUUGAGAAGUUCCACAAGGACCCAGAUUCGUUCAUGCUCAAAGUCCAAAAGGGAGCACGGAAAUACCAACAACACACAGACUGGCCAGCCUUCCUUUACAACGCUUCGGCAUACGAUAAAGAUGACCCAGAAUCAGGCCUCUUUAAACAUCAGGCUCUUGUUAAAAUCCUUCGCCAUGUCCUCAUUGGUCCAAGCGCUGCAAAAUCAAAUUCACGGGUCACACUACCGCGUCGCUGCAAUGCGGCCAUUCUUGGAAUAUUGAACAUCAAUGGCAACCUUAUCGCCUAUGCAGCAUGCCAGGCUCGCUUCAUUCUCAAUUCACAGACAGAUUGGGGGCACAUGGAUGGUAAAUUUGACGGUGGGGCAUUUUACGAUCGGAUCACCAAUUACUUCAAGACCGGCCUUGAACAAGGCGACGAAGCUGUGACAGCUCUGCUUAGCUGGUACCAAACUGAGGUUUUUGAGAAUACAGGUGCUAGUACAUCUGACGAACCCGAAGACGACUCCGAUGACUCAGAUAGUGAAGACGAGGAUGCCAAGAUUGAACGCCAAUGUCAGCGCCGACACACUCAGCGGAACACUGGCAAUGGUGCUACUGCAAGCGACGGCGACUCUAGAACCAGGAACAAUGCUGGACCCACUGCCUAG